AUGGAUCCUUUUAGUGAUUCCAACCACAGUACACGUGAUUUUGACACAUGGUUCACAGAAAAUUCUUCACGAAAUUUGACUCGGAAAUCGCUUCAAACCUUGGCAUUAUCGCUAACUUUAUUCCUAACUAUCGUUGGCAACGGCAGCGUAGUUCUGGUACUAGUAAAAAACUUUAGCAUUAAAAACGUACCGAACAUGCUACUGUUCUGUUUAAUCAUGAUAAACCUAGCUAUAGGAGCCAUAAACCUGCCUUUUGCCGUGAUCUCAACCGCCAUGGACGAGUGGCUAUUUGGCGAAGUUUGGUGCGAAAUUUCCGGAUUUCUUAAUCAGUUUCUAACGUCCACGUCAAAUGUCAUGGUAACCGUAGUCGCCAUCUACCGUUACCAGGCCAUUGCGAACACGUUCUCGGCUCAGAUUACUUACAGAGGCGCUAAAUGGAUUACAGCCUUUGCUUGGUUUUAUUCUCUCGUCUUCGCCAUCCCCCCGCUCUUCGGUUGGAACUCGUACCAGUACUCUGACACGAAGGGCUUUUGCACUCUUUCCUGGCAAGAUGGCGGUGCUGGUAUGGCCUACACUGUGCUGGUAGUAUUAUCCUGUUUCGUGCUGCCUUUCGUAGCGAUUGUCUUCAUGUAUGUAAGAAUUGGCGUCAUCACGCGAUACAACUCGAAAACAAUGCGAGCAAAUCCAACCUCGUCAUCCUCCUUAUCGUCUAGUAAAACUCAAGCUAGUGACGUCACAAGGCAUGACGUCACCAGUAACGUCCAUAGACGUGACGUUAGCAGACAUGAUUGCACCAAUGACGUCACAAGACAUGACGCCACCGGACAUGAUGCCAUCAGGCGUUCACGUGAUAACGACCGAAUGACGAAACGCAACAUUUCAGGCUCCAGAGACUCGAUAACCGAAUCCAAGACUAUAACGAGUGUCUCUUACGUCAUUGUGACGUAUGGUCUAUUUUUAGCACCGUAUUACGUCAUGAACAUAGCCUCGGCGAUGUCCCAAGAUGCUUUGUCACCGGAAGUAGACUUCAUCGUGGCGUGGUUACAUUACUGUCAUGCAUCGGUCGUCGCAGUGGUGUAUGGGUAUAACAAUCGACGAAUCAGAUCGUUCCUCAAGCAGUUGCCAUGGUGGCCAAAACGUUCCGGAUGUAUGACGUCACAUGACGAAAGAUAUGAAACCACGCCUUAUGCGGUCGACUACAGAGCCUAA